GCCAAACGCGCUUGUAACUCUUUAGUCAUCCUUUUGUUUUUGGUUAAGUUGCCCCUCUGCAGCCGGACAAACUACUAGAAGGAAAGAAGAUGUCAUCCGACAAGUCUAAAGUGUCGCCAGAAUCCUACUCCUCCGCCAUGAAUUUUGAGGAAACUGAGCUCAGCUUAGGCUUACCAGGUGGACCUCGAGUCCUGAAUUGCAGCCGGAAACGGAGUCUUUCAGGAGGUGCUGAUCUGAGACUGUGGUGUUCAAGUUCUGGGCAAAAUGAAACCUCAGACUCAACAACCAUACCUCCAGCAAAGGCACAAGUGGUAGGAUGGCCACCUGUAAAAUCAUCGAGGAGGAACAUGAUGAAGAGUAGCAAAUACGUAAAGGUGGCAGUAGAUGGAGCUCCAUACCUGAGAAAAGUUGAUUUGGAGAUGUACAACGGCUACCAGCAGCUUUUAGCCGGUCUGGAGGGCAUGUUUACCUGCCAAACCAUAUGUAAUGGUGCGAAUCAGAAAAAGCUGAUGGAUCCUGCAAAUGGUAUGCAAUAUGUGCCAACCUAUGAAGACAAGGACGGAGACUGGAUGUUAGUUGGAGAUGUUCCUUGGAAAAUGUUUGUGGAAUCGUGCAAGAGAUUGAGAUUAAUGAAAAGCUCGGAGGCAAUUGAAUUGGCUACAAGGACACCUCCAAAUUGCUCGAGCACUUGCUGAAGAAAACCUUAUUUGGGAUAGAAAUUUCAUGUACAGAUCUAGGUCGGUCGGCUCUUUGAGGAGUUAAAGUUUUGAGGAUUAAUUAUAGGAUAUGUUAUACUAGUAGUGUAAGAUUAUUUAAGGUGUAGUAGAACAAAUUUCUGGCUUCUUUUUCCUUUUCAGUCAAUGUAAAAUUUGGAUACCCUGAAAUGAAUACGAUACUCUUUGAAGUUAA